UCCCUCUUCUAGACGCAGCAUGGAAAUGGUCGACUACAUGUGUAAACAACUGUCAGUCUGCAAGCCAGGGGAACAUGCCGUCCAAUGAACAUCGCCGCCACCCCGCGUCUAAACGAACGAUAGAUGAGCAUGUAGCCUGGGCGGUUCGGGGGGCGAUAGGUAACUCUCGACGCGGCAAGAGGGGGCGGGAGGAACCAGGGAGCCGUGGAGACCCAGCAGUAUAUAUCCCCGAGGCAGGAACCCUACCACCUGCUCGUCCUCCGUUUCCCGUCCCCUGAGAAACCGACCGACCCGCCGACUCUCGACGCGCAACAGUCCAGUCCAGUCCAGUCCCAAGAUGAAGUGGCUCUCUCUGACUCUCGCGCUAGCCGGGCCUUCACAGGCCGCGCUGCGGUUCGGGUGCUCGACGGUGAGCAUCCAGCGGCUCGAUCCGCUCGUCGAGCCCGGCGCGCUGCCGUCAGCCCACCUGCACCAGAUCGUGGGCGGCAACGGCUUCAACGCCACCAUGCAAGGGGACAUUGCCGAGAAGAGCACCUGCACGACGUGCACUUUUUCCGAAAACUUCUCCAACUACUGGACGGCCGUCAUGUUCUUCAAGCACCCCAACGGCACGUACAAGCGCGUGCCCAUCAUGCAGAACACGGCCCUGCCCAACGGCAUCAACGGCGGCAUGACCAUCUACUACACGCAGCAGGACUUUAACUCGAACGGGAAUCAGAAGAUCACCGCUUUCAAGCCGGGCUUCCGCAUGACGGUCGGCAGCCCAACUUACAACCCAGCCGACGGCUCCCGGGGCAACCCCGGCCUGCGCUUCGUGUGCCUCGAGAACAAGGGCACGCGCUUCCCCGAACUCCCCACCUUCCCGACCCGGCCAUGCAAAGGCGGGAUCAUGACCGUGCACCACUUCCCAGCGUGCUGGGACGGCAAGAACCUCGAUUCGCCAGACCACCAAUCGCACAUGUUCAACACCGUCCGCGAGGCCUUUGCUCCGGCAGGCCCCUGCCCUGCGUCCCACCCGGUGCGGAUGCCGCAGCUCGCGUUCGAGACGCUCUGGGACACGACCCAGUUCAACAACAUGUGGCCGGCGGACGGGUCGAACCCGUUCGUGCUCAGCUUCGGCGAGGGCGGUGAUGCCAAGGGGUACGGGACGCACGCUGAUUAUGUGUUUGGCUGGAAGGGCGACGCGCUGCAGCGCGCCAUGGACUCGUCGUGCAUGUUCAAUGCGUGCGAGAACGGUCGGCCGCUCAAGUCGCAGAAUGUGGCGGCUAUGAACAAGUGCGCCGUCAAGGACAUGGUGGGCGAGGAGCUCGACGACUGGCUGCCGUACCUCCCUGGCCAGGGCCCCAUCAUCAUGGCGAAGAAGAAGUGAGCAAGGUUGUAUGACAAGCUAUAGAGGCGUGGGCGUGGUUGGUUGAGAUUUGAGAGGCCAUAGUAUGGUCGUAGACUGUGAUGGUCAAGCCUGUAAUUCGGACUCGCAUUAGUACCAUACCAGACCUUGGAAGCAUCCUUCAUGUUAGCUGCUCCACUUGGGGAGCGUCCAUCGUAUGUAGUUGCUAGAAUCGUGACCAUAGUUGAAACUGGCAAUGAAACAAACACAUCCGCGAAG